AUGACUGCGACGGCCGGCCCCUUUGCUCACGACACUUUCGCCAGCGACCCUUCCGAUCCAGAUGGUCCUAUUUUCAGAAAUAGUCCUCCGAUGACAGCGUAUCGUCCGAGAUUAGAGCCAUCGCUUUCUCCGCCGCCGGCUAUACCGCUCCCCAAAGUCAGUUUAUCUCCCACCGCUGGUCGCAAAGCUUCUAACAGGAAGAAAAAGGUGCAACCUAGUCAGGGAGAUGCCGUGCUAGUUCAUUAUCUCGACGGAGGACGGCGGCCCGAAAUUGCAGCAGAGGCUGGGGCAUACCCGCUUGACGGAGGGUACUGCGACGACGGUGUUGGGGGAGAGGAAGACGACGACGACGAAGACACUGACGAAGAAGACGAAGGGGACAAUCAUAGUCGCAGCAGCUCCAUGUCGGGCUAUAUCGGCAGCCCGAAAAUGUCGCCUGAUCCAAGACCUACGAAUGGAGCAAUGAUUCUGAAGUCAUUAGCUCUUGCUGCCCUCGAACAGCAACCGUCAUCGCCAGGUGCAGAUAGCGCGCCAAAAUCAGCCGUCAUGGAGAAUGACAAAGUAAAGGGACAGAUGAGAUCACCACCAGAAGAAAUGAUACAGUUGCAGGAACAACAACAACAACAACAACAACUAUCGCAAGCUCCACCACCACCGCCGCAGGUUACACAUCAUCCGCAAUUACAACCCCUUCAGCCUCGAGACAUGACUACGAAACCAGGCUUGGCUAUGCCUAUUACUCCUUAUACCCCAAGCGUGCCUGAAUUCUGUUCUCCACGGCUGCCGUCAUCAAGUGGACUGAGGCAUCCGGAUCCCAUGUCUCCAACCUCUACGCCAAGCAACCAUGGCGAGCUUGCUCCCAUUAUGGCCUCUCCAACGUCGGAGACAAAUGGCCAUACUUCGCAAGCAUUGCCUUCGAUUCGGGCUCAAGUGGGAGACCUACUAAUUGAAAAACAUUAUCCAGACAAAGACAAUGCCUGGCGUCGACCUUCCUUCCCUCAGUCGCCUCCUGGAUUACCGGGCAUGUCGAGUAUUCCAGGCAUGACCUCGCCAACAUCUCCGCAAUACCCCUAUACACAUAGUAUGCCGUCACCAGCAUCCGUGUACACGCCACAUGGAUCAUAUCCUGGAAGUGGCUUUGUCCCCCGGUCAGGCCAAGAUUACAGCGGCCCUACAGGUCGUCAUCCAGAAGCACCUGUAAUCAUGGAUCACAAUAAUCCAUUGGUGUCACCCGUGAGUCGGGAUCGUAUGAGCAUCGAUCACAUGACAAACCAGGUUGGCAGCUUUGUUUGCACCUUUGCCGGCUGCAAUGCUGCCCCAUUCCAGACCCAAUAUCUACUCAACUCCCACGCGAAUGUACACUCGUCUGCAAGGCCGCAUUACUGUCCAGUCAAGGGCUGCCCUCGAUCUGAAGGCGGCAAAGGUUUCAAGCGCAAGAAUGAGAUGAUUCGGCAUGGUUUGGUCCACGAAUCACCUGGGUAUGUUUGCCCGUUCUGCCCAGAUCGCGAGCACAAAUACCCGCGCCCUGAUAACCUCCAACGGCACGUCAGGGUCCAUCACACCGACAAGGACAAAGACGAUCCUCAGCUCCGUGAAGUCCUAGCCCAAAGACCCGACGGACCAAACCGAGGACGCAGGCGCCGAGGAGUUCCUUGA